CACACACCUGUCCGUGUCAGCACACACCGACUUCGUUUUUGAACAAACCACUCUCGUUCAACCCGCCAAGAUGAAGACCUCUGCCGUCGCCUUCCUCCUCGGGCUCUACGCCCUGCCCGCCCUGGCCCAGGAGCUCGCUCCCUCGCCGACCGAGUCCAUCGGCUGCGAGCCCCACGGCGACCACUGGCACUGCGAAGGCCCGCGCCCCCCCGCCACCACCGCGGAGCCCACGACCUCGGCCCCGCCCGCGGAGAUCACCACCACCACCACCAGCGCCGCCGGUGGCGACGACGACGACGAAGAGGAGCACACCGACGAGGCCGGCCCGAGCCCGACCGAGUCGAUCGGCUGCGAGCCGCACGGCGACCACUGGCACUGCGAGGGCCCGCGCCCGCCCGCCAGCGAGACCGGCAGCGGCGGCGACGGUGCCGAGACCACCAGCGCGCCGCCGGUCGUUGACUCGUCGUCGUCUUCGUUGGUUACUAGUGUGGCCACGACGGCUACCGAGGCGGGUAACGCUACUGCGUCUACGACCUCCACCAGCGCUGUCUCGACUGCUGGCGCCGCUGGUGCGCCGGGCUUCGCGGCCGUGCCCGUGCUUGGGCUGGCUGCGCUCGCUGCGCUGGGCCUGUGAGAGGUUACGGGUUCUGGUUGGGAUGUACCUGUACAUGUACUAGUUAGAUAGUCUGGUCUGGUCUGGUCUGGUCUUCGUGUGGAGGAUAUUUGGAUUCUUCUGGCUGAGCUGAUGCAAUAAUUCUUUUGGCUUUGAUUGCUACACAUUAUUACCUAUCUGUAUCUGUCUGUUGGUUAGCUUCACAAUCAAAUCGUUGAGCUGCAUCAUCCGCGUGUCUAGGCGAUUACCACAUAAUGG